AUGCCCAUCUCAACUCGUACUCCUUCAGAGCCCAAGGAGGCCACGCCGUCUGACAAGGAUGCUCAAAGGGUUCAAGCGUGCGAGACACUCACAACUCAACAUCAUGCCAACAAGGAAGCACUUCCAUCUUUCCUUCGUCGCGAUUGGAUCCCACUCCCUCACGACACUACUACUACUACCACUACUUCUUCUCCUCACAAGCUCAAGAUAGUCACCUGGAAUGCGAGGCGAGAUCUCUUCCCGGGGUCUGACUGCUUGAAAUGGUCAGAGAGAAAGUCGUUGCUUCUCUCAGAGCUGGCGUAUUAUGCGUCGGCUGAUAUCAUCUGCCUCCAGGAGUGUGACCGUCUAAACGAUCUCAUCAUUUCUUUUCCCCAUCACGAAGCAGUUCAAGCUUUUGGUCAUGGCAAAUCGCAUGGUCUCGUCACCCUCUACCGACGGUCUAUAUUCCGCGUCAAGGCUCAAAAGGUCAUCCAUCUGGACGAAGGGGAACUAAGUCUCUCUCCGCCCAGUCUGGGUGAAGACGGCGGCCGUCAAAGGCGAGGAGGUACGAGACUGACGAAGAAUAUAGGUUUGGUGGUGGCCUUGGAGCGGAAUGACGGUACAGGCGUGUACGUUGCCACGACUCAUCUAUUCUGGCAUCCCAAAUUCACUUAUGAACGCAUACGUCAAUGUAUCAUACUGCUACGAGCCAUCCGUCAAUUCCAGCAAGAACAUGGGAAUAAGUCCUGGCCUGCUAUACUGUCCGGUGAUUUAAACACUCAGCCGUCCGAACCAACCUAUCAGCUACUCACGCAACCCUCGCUACCCCUCUCCAAAGCCAUGUCUCUACGCAUCAAUGAAAGUCGUAUUGUUCACAAAUCCGUUGACCCCGUCCUCCCUCAACCUAUUCCUCAAGCCGUCCUCGACCAGGUCGAUACAGAACCUCGGCCAAACGGACAAGAAGUCAAGGAAGAACACGAAGGUGAGGGAUCAAACUCUAGCCAAGGCUCGCUGCCAAACACUCGAUCCCCACAGCCUGAAGAUGGGAUCCUCACAGCUUCACAGUUGGCAGAGCUGGUCAGCACGCUCCUCGGCUCUGGCUGCAGGAGCGUAUAUGGUGCAUCGACGUGGGAUGGUGAGACUUUUGGUCAACGAAGCGAGCAACAAGAGGCGUUGGACAGAUGUGCAGCUCAUGAACCGAGCUACACUUGCUUCACGCCUUUGUGGAAGCUCACCCUGGAUUAUCUCUUUGUCCUACCGGGUGAAAUGAAAGUAGAAGUGACUCAACUUCUGCAACCUGCUACGGGCGAACAACUGGGCGAAGGACUUCCUCGCAAGGGCAUCACGGCAAGCGAUCACAUCGCCAUCGGUUGCGAGCUGGAGUGGUGAAGGAUGAAGCAGCGGGGGGCGAACGCGUUACAUCACAUUGAGAGACAUUGACAUGCAUCGACUGUAGGC